UAGGACCUCACUCAAACACUGGCACCCAAAGCUCACUGACAGACAGGCAGACAGACAGACAGACAGAGGACAGAGGAAAGAAGAGCGAAACAGCAAGAGAAAAGCAGAGAGCCAGAAGAGAAGUGAAAUAGAAAGAGAGCAACAAAAAUUAGGAGGAAGAAGAAAGAAAGAGAGAGAGCAAGAGGUGCUGUGUGCAGCUGUGCCGAAACUUCACUGACCUCCCUCCCCCAACCCUACUGCCCCCGCCCCUCCUUCACACGAGCGUGUCCAUCUGUCCGUCUCUCAGUCCCAGUCUCAGUUAGGUGCAGAACUGAUCUCCAAGACGAUCAGUGCCUACUGUGUUAGGGCAAGACUGCCAGCGUUACUAUAGCAACAUGGCCCCGAAGAAGAAGGCAGCCCGCCAGAAGAAAGUGGAGCUGGAGACCACAGUGGUGGAGGGCGGGGUGGUGGUCGUGGAAGGUGUCAAGAAAAUUGGGGAGGCGCUAAACAUCGAGCAGCUGAACCGGAUGAACGGCCUUCCACUGUCGCUGCCCAUCCCGGCGCCGGGGGUGAAGGGGCUGGGCCUGGGCAGCGAGCUGACCCGCCCGCUCCAUGGCUCCGCCCUGCUGGAGGAGCUGAGCCGCAUGCGUCAGGAGCGCUUCCUCACUGACCUGGAGCUGGCCAGCAAGACCAAGGCCUUCGACGUGCACAAGCUGGUCAUCUCUUCCGUCAGCCACUACUUCCGCGAGCUGCUGGCCAAGGACCCAGGGGUGAAGCGCGUGGAGCUGCCCACCCUCUCGCCCCUCGGCCUGGCCAAUGUGAUCACCUUUGCAUACUUGGGGCGGGUCCACAUGUCCCUCUACACCAUCGGCUGCACCGUGUCAGCGGCCAGCAUGCUGCAGAUCCCACAGCUGCUCCAGAUGUGCACGGACUUCAUGCUGGCCGAGCUGAACGUGCAGACGUGCGUGUACGUGUGGAACAUGGCUGCCGUGCACGGCCUGGACGAGGUGCGGGAGGCCGCCCGCCGGUUCGUCCUGGAGAACUUCGCCCAGUUCGCCGACACGCCCCAGUUCACCCAGCUCACCCUGGAGCAGGUCACCGACUUCCUGGAGGACGAUGGCCUCAUCCUCCCCUCCGAGCUCACUGCCUUCCAGAUGGUCAUGAAGUGGCUGGAUUUCGACCCCCAACGCCAGGAGCACGCCGCGGAGCUGCUGUCCCACGUGCGCUUCGAGACCAUCCCGGCUAGCGAGCUGGUCAGCGAGGUGCAGCCCGUGGCCCGAAUGAUGCAGGAUCCUCAGUGUCACCGUCUGCUGGUCAAAGCCAUGAACUACCACCUGCUGCCGCACCAGCAGAACGCCCUGCAGUCCCGCCGCACCAGCAUCCGUGGGGGGCAGAAGGUGCUGCUGUCCGUCGGGGGCCGGCCCUCCCUCACUGAGCGCGCCCUGAGCCGGGAGGUGCUGUGGAGGGAUCCGCGUGAAGGCGUGGCCACCUGGCGCCACCUCACCCAGCUCCCAGCCAAGAGCUUCAACCAGAGUGUGGCAGUGAUGGAUGGGUUCCUGUACGUGGCCGGGGGGGAGGAUCAGAACGACGCGCGCAACCAGGCCAAGCAUGCAGUCAACACCCUCAGCAGAUAUGAUCCACGCUUCAACACCUGGAUACACCUGAGCAGCAUGCGUCAGCGCCGCACGCACUUCAGCCUGGUGCCCAGUGGGGGGCGCCUGUAUGCCAUCGGGGGGCGGAACGUGGAGGGCCUGCUGGCCACCACGGAGAGCUACGUGCCCUCCUCCAACAGCUGGCAGCCGCGCGCUCCCAUGGAGCUUCCGCGCUGUUGCCAUGCCAGCGCCGUGCUGCCCUCCGGAGACAUCCUGGUGACCGGGGGCUACAUCAACUGCGCCUACUCCCGCUCGGUGGUGAGCUACAGCCCCGAGACGGACAGCUGGAGCGAGCGGGCCGGGCUGGCCACGCCCAGAGGCUGGCACUGCGCGGCAGCCCUGGGCGGGAGGGUGUUCGUGGCGGGGGGCAGUCAGCUGGGCCCGGGGGGCGAGCGCGUGGACGUUCUGUCGCUGGAGGUGUUCUCCCCGGAGAGCGGCGAGUGGAGCCAGGCCGCGCCCCUGCCCAUGGGGGUGAGCACGGCCGGCCUGUCGCCCCUCGGGGACCAACUCUACCUCCUGGGAGGGUGGAACGAGGCGGAGAAGCGCUACAAGGCAGCCGUCCAGCGCUACGACCCCGGCACCAACAGCUGGUCCGGCGGCGAGGAGCUGCCUGAGCCCACGGUGGGAGUGUCCUGCUGCACCGUGACCCUGCCCCCACGCCACACCUCUCGCAGGCAGCGCCACGCCCCCGGCCCAGGCUCCACCCACGAAGAGCACCCAACACGAGACGGCAGUAUUCCACCACAACCUACCAGUGGCUGAGAGAGAAAAAGAGAACAGGAGAGAGAAAAAGGGAGAGGGGAAGAAAGAAAGAAUGAGAAAGAAAGGAGGGGAAAGAGAUUUUGGAUGGAAAACAGAAAGGAGGAAGGAGGGAGGGUUGAAUGAAAGGAACAGGCGACUGUGUCAUAGUGGUAGUGAAUGUUACACUGUAUCAUAAUUAAUGAAUGUAAGUCUGAGGUAGUUUUAGAGUGAAUGAUGGAGAAAAUGCGUGCGAGUUUCUAUUUAUCCUGUUCUUUGGCAAACAAAAUACACGGCCAUGACAAUUGCAUCUGGUCUUCACAGAUUCAUCAGUUUUCACUAUUUCACAAUUAUUUAUUGAAGUAAUUUCUUGUACUGUGAUUAACCUAUUUAACUCAAGGAAAGCUUGAGAUAGUAGCUUAGUUUAAAAGCGGUGGAAAAAGAAAAAAAUAUGUUUUAAUAUGUGCAAUGAAGCGUUGGUUUAGUACAAGAGGGUGAGGGAGGGAUGGAGGGAUAUGAGAUGAUGUGCGAGGAGAGUGGAAACGACACUGUCCACAGACAAUACAGACAGACACAGGUUAGAAACAGAUGUGGACACUUUUAAUCCCCAAAGUAUUCUGACCCUCAUUCUAAUUCUAGCCCCCCACCCCAACAGGAGAGAUACUACACACAAACUCCACAACAACCAAAACCAAAAUGAUAGCAAAAUUAGAGAUUAAUCAGACAUGUGCAGAGAUUACAUUCACUAAGACUGUUUAGAACAGUUAGUUACGGUAUGCAGAUUUUCAAACUCCUGUGAGUAAUUACAAAAAUAGUAAACAAGGACUAAUCAAGCCCCUUAUCUUCUGUGCCGAUGGUCUCACCUGAAUAGAUGGCAGUCUCACAAAUUUCAUAGCCAAGUGGGCUGACCCUUGUCCUGAGGGGUUGAGUGCUCUAAAGAAGGGGCUCGCUUGCUCACUCACCUGUGUCUAGUCAUCUCCUUCCCUUUAACUAAUCAAGUGAAUAGCCAGUGUAACUCCAGCAGGAGGCAGAGCGAAUGCAGAGGCAGGGUAGUUUACCUGAAGUGCUGACCCGGGCACUUUAACGGGAUUGCCAUUUGGUCUAGGGGGUGGCACGGUGGUGCAGCAAGUAGCGCUGCCGCCUCACAGUAAGAGGGUGCCGAGUUAGAAAGACCCUCAGAUGGGAUUUUGUGUGGAGUUUGCAUGUUCUCCCCGUGUCCAUGUGGGUUUCCUCCGGGUACUCCGGUUUCCUCCCACAGUCCAAAAACAUGCAGGUUAGGUUAAUUGGAGACUCAAAAUUGUCCCCAGGUAUGAAUGCAAGUGAACAGAGAGUGGAUCCUGCAUUAUUCUAUCUGGGAUUAUGCAAUCUUAUCUGGCUUCCUAUAAUCUGAAUUACCUAUUGUGAAAUUUGCGCAGUGAUAUCCUGCAUCACAGCUGUGGACAGGGAGAUGGCCUGCGCGUGUGCUUACGCCAGUGCACAUGUUCCUGGGGUUUCACUGAAUAAAGACACCCUGAUCAAACAAA